UCCUCCCGCCGUCCGACUUCCACAGCGAACCACCACGACUCGCACAAGAUGCGCUCUGUCCUGCGCUCUGCCCUGCGGGCCGCCAUCGCGCCGCGCUUGACCGUCUCGAUCUCCUUCAUGCUGCCGCGCGCCCUCGCCGCGCUCUCUCUGCCCGAGGCCUCGGCCUCGGCGCCGGCCAAGCUCGCCUGGCUUCCGACGCAGGCUGGCCCGUCAUCAGCGGCUGCCGCUGAGCCCGCGAACGACGAGGUCUUUGGCUGGGAUGGCAUGCUGAACGCCGUGCCCAAGAGCAAGGUCAGCCACAGCCGGAAAGCGAUGAGAUCGGCCAACAAGGGCCUCAAGGACCGCGUCGACCUGGUCCACUGCCAGGCCUGCGGCACGCCGAAGCUCGCACAUCACAUCUGCGGCGCAUGCUACGGUUCCGUCGCGCGCUCGCAGAAGGCGGCGCGGCGAGCGGCAGAUCUGGAGAGCGCCAGGGCCGACGCCACACCACCGCAGCCAUGACGCACGCAAUGCACCGGGCUUUGACGCAGCAGCGCAGCACAGACGCAGG